AUGAUUUUCUGCUUAUUGGAAGCCAUCAAUAAACCGUCUCAGCUAGAUUUCGGCAACUUGUUAUACACUACAGAUUUAAAGCCUACAUCUAAGCUAAGGGAAAAAAGAAAGAAUGAAGGAAUCUGUUCGAAGUUUCACGAAACCGUGAAAAAGUGUCAAAAAAAUACCACAAGUCAAAAAGCAGUUUCCUCGUCGCCACCUAAAAAUAUAACUAAUGGCGAGACGCCGGAUUAUCAGAAGUCCACGUCCAUAUGCCAACACUUAAUUAGAUUUGGAAGAGAUAAUUGUGGGUACAAAAAGGGUCCUGGCGAACCCCAAACCGGUAGUUCUGCUGCUUCUGGUCCAGAGAUUACGAAAAUGCGCGCAAACUUCGUAGGAAACGCUGUUUUUCUUCUGCUCGUGUUGUUUUUCCACGCAUAUUCCGCCUUCCCUUCAAGACCAGACGAACGCACUCUUGCAAAUAACGAGAGAUACCAGUUCAUGAAGGAACUGCUACCGGCUUUACGGGAGGCAAUCGUCGAGGACAAAUUCAUGGAGGAGAAGAGGAACCAGGAGGUCAUGACGGCCUUCAACAACAUGAAGGAGCUGAAGGACAUACUGCGAUCGGGAUAAUAUGCCUAACUCUGUACCUGGAUUUGAAUAAAUAAAUUGAAUUAAGUGUGCUCUCAUUAA